CCUUCAUCGGCUUCCCGGUCCCUCAAUAUAUAUGUAUAUAUUUCAACAACGCUUUGCUUUCUAAAAAGAUAAAAGUCACAAUUCCGCAGUUCCGCAAUCAUGGCGACGACUGUGGACAAGAUCAAGGAGAUCGAGGCCGAAAUGGCUCGGACUCAAAAGAACAAGAACACGUCAUUUCAUUUAGGACAACUGAAAGCUAAGCUCGCGAAGCUAAAGAGAGAGCUGCUUACUCCUUCCUCGAGCGGCGGAGGGGGCGGAAGUGGUUUCGAUGUUGCGCGUACUGGGGUUGCAAGUGUGGGGUUUAUCGGUUUCCCAUCCGUCGGGAAGAGCACUUUGAUGAGCAAAAUAACAGGACAGCAUUCUGAGGCUGCCGCUUACGAAUUCACUACCUUAACGACUGUUCCCGGCCAGGUGAUAUACAAUGGUGCGAAAAUCCAAAUUCUCGAUCUUCCUGGCAUCAUUCAGGGUGCCAAAGAUGGCAAAGGUCGGGGUCGGCAGGUUAUUGCCGUUGCCAAAACCUGCCAUCUCAUUUUCAUCGUUUUGGACGUGAAUAAACCCUUGACGGAUAAAAAAAUUAUCGAGGCAGAAUUGGAAGGCUUUGGGAUUAGGAUUAACAAGUCACCUCCAAACAUCGUAUUUAAGAAAAAGGACAAGGGCGGGAUUUCUAUCACCAGUACCGUUCCUUUAACACAUAUUGAUCAUGACGAAAUCAAAGCUGUGAUGGGCGAAUAUCGGAUUUCGUCUGCUGACAUUGCCAUUCGGUGCGAUGCUACAAUUGAUGACCUCAUCGAUGUGUUGGAAGCGAAGAGCCGGAGUUAUAUCCCCGUAAUCUACGCAUUGAACAAGAUAGAUGCCAUAUCCAUUGAGGAAUUGGACCUCUUGUACCGAAUUCCAAACGCGUGCCCGAUCAGCUCUGAACAUGGUUGGAACAUUGAUGAGCUACUCGAAUUAAUGUGGGAGAAACUCGAUCUCAGGAGAGUCUAUACAAAACCAAAGGGGAAAAGUCCAGAUUAUUCCUCCCCUGUUGUUCUGCGGAGAACUGCCUGUACCGUUGAAGAUUUUUGUAACUCCAUUCACAAAACCAUCGUGGAUCAAUUCAAACAUGCGAUCGUUUACGGCCGUUCGGUCAAACAUCAACCUCAAAGAGUGGGACUCAGUCAUGAACUUGCGGACGAAGACAUCAUUACAAUUAUCAAGCGAUAGAGAUAUCAACCAAGAUAAAAACGCCCGCUGAAAAAAUUAUAUAUAUAUAUAAAAUAGAAAUUACCCUAGCUAUGGAACUAAUGAACAGCACCAUUUUCCAACCAGGGAGUACCGAUGUUAGACAGAUGAAACGCAAACGAGCCAAUGGCUGUCGGUCCCUUUUGAUUAAGCUUCGAUGUGUGAAUCAGGAGACAUCCCAAUUGCACAGAAGCUUGGACAAUGGUAAUGGUUACCCAUCAUUCCGCCUCCGCAUCCACUUCACCAAACAAACAAUGGGAACCAUAGGGUCGGUCAAUGGAAAUGAUGAGGAAUUGGGCAAAAGUUAUUUUUUUUUCAUGGGGAAAUUUCCCCAUCCUUUUUCUCACUUUUGAGUUUCAUUCUUAUAUUAGAUUUUCGAUUUUAGACUUUAUACCCAAAUGGAUAUCUAUGUGCAAUUUCUAUACAUG